CAGUAUUUAAUCUGAUGUUUGAGUUUGAUUACCGCUAGGGAAGUUCAACAGCGUCUUUUAUUCCGAUAUAUAACCUUCAUUUCAUCCAAUGGAAACUUCUAGAGCAGAAGGGAUGUACGAAAUGUUUGGGAUGUUACCGAUCGCUGGCGUUCCAAUGGGUGAUCCAUUAGCGGGCACUCGUUUUACCUCACGCGGGCUGUCUGAAGUGGCUAGGCUAUCACCAAGCUGGUCUUAUGUACACGAUUACUGUUCUUCGCGUAAUCGCCCGAAUAUUAUGGCAAAAAGGAACGAACGCGAACGAAACCGUGUGAAGCUCGUAAACCGCGGAUUUGCAGCGUUACGACAGCAUGUGCCUGGUGGUGCCACUAAGAAGAAAAUGAGUAAAGUGGAAACGCUGCGUUCAGCGGUCGAGUACAUCAAAAUGCUACAACAGCUUCUUAGAGAUGACGACGAAAAUCACAAUUCUCAAAGUGUUAAAUCUGAAUUGAAGAACAUUACUAUAUUUCACGGCUUUUAUGAAAUCGAAGAUACCGUGCCUUGCAACCAAGAUUUACUACCGCCACCUUCGUCAUCGUUUAAUUCUGAAGGAAUGAUCUUUUCGUCUGAAAGAAGUUCCUUGAUAAAAACUCAUGUCUCUGAUUUCUCUUCCCCACGGACUAUGACUGACUAUAAUGACCUAAGUGGAGACGAACUGCUGGAUAUAGCAUGGUUAUAAAUGUAUUUGUACUGGUAAGACUGCGAGAAAAGUUGUAAAAGUUUGAAUCAGGAGCAAUUCCAGUCUAGUUUUGACCAUAACACUCGGCAAACUACUUUGUACAGUGUUAUAUCUACACCUAAAUCUGUGAAAUUCUAGCCUUGAUAGAAAGUUAAAAUGGUUUAAAUAUGCCUAAUUGAUCAAUUUGUUAAAUAGUAUAUAAAUUUCUAACUGGAAAUGUUAAUAUCAAACAUCUCAAAAAAUGGAAAAUUUAUUGUUCACUUUUCGAAUUUUCUAUUACUGUUUAUGUGUGUGAGUGUGUGUGUGUG